AUGUGCUUCGUCAGCAAAGAGGUGCAAGGCGUAUGUUGCCAAACGUGUGCUGCAGCUAUGACGGAGUGCAACGACUAUAACGACGUACUCGGGAUAUUAGAAGUGGGGUCUGACGAUUGCAGCGAAGUGGCUUGCUGGGGCUGGUGUUCUGCUUUCGGGGACUUGUGUUGCGAAACAUGCUCUUCGGGGGCUACGACAACGACCGACAAUGUGCUCUGCGCGGACGGCUGCUACAACGGGUGGCCCGGCGACGGCUAUUGCGACAGCGUGUGCUACAAUUGGGAGUACAACUAUGACGGAGGCGAUUGCGACACCACGCCAGAGCCGGAGCCAGAGCCUGAGCCCGAGAUGAGGUGGACAACGACCGACCAGGAGCUCUGCGCGGACGGCUGCUACAACGGAUGGCCGGGCGACGGCUACUGUGACAGCGCGUGCUACAAGUGGGAGUGCAACUAUGACGGAUGCGACUGCGACACCACGCCUGAGCCAGAGCUUGAGCCCGAGAUGUGGUGGACAACGACCGACAAGGAGCCAGACACGUGCGACGAUGACGAUGCCGCCCUCUUUUUUUUUAGCCCAACAGCUCAAUGUUUCCGGGGUCACUGGUUGCGGGGAUGUUGCUGGCAUGUGCUUCGUCAGCGUAGAGGUGCAAGGCGUAUGUUGCCAACCGCGUGCUGCAGCUAUGACGGAGUGCAACGACUAUAA